CUUCCUUGUGUGCACAUCCUUCCAUCUCCCCCCUUACGCGAAGUCCCAUUGGCUUAUAUCGGCGAACUUGACAGAACUGAGAAACCGGUGAAGAUGGGUGGUCGGGUGGUGUGGUUAGCCUGGUGCUUCGCACUCGGCGCUGCACUUCCGGUCGAGGUGCCAAAGCCCCAAGAGGACACUUCCCAAGACAGAAAGCUCCUCGGGUCAAGUGUUGUGACUUCAGUUUCUGUGAUAAUGGACCACGGUAACGGGACGAAAACAUACAUAACCGAUGCGGAAUCUCCUACGAUCGCAAGGCCGGAUGUGGUCGGCACACCUGGAACCCUCAUGGCGCCGGACAGGUACGAGUUCUAUUCAUUCGGAAAAGACGGAGAACUUGUUAAGAAGUUUAUGAGCUUGGAUGAAAUCCAGGGAUUGAUCGCUGGAGGGGACGAAUUGGGAUCCAGCGAAGAAGGACUUCCGAUUUACUACAACGAACCCCUUAUUCAAGCCGGCGAACCUGAAGGGGUUUCCAAGGUAUUGGAGAGCGUACAGAAUGUGCUGAAAGGAGAGCUACAAGCUGCUGGUACCCCCGAUAGAAUCGACGUUCCCCAUUUACCUGACGAUUCCUGGUCCAUGCUAUUAACAGGUUUGAUGAAUAGUGAAGAAGACAUGAAGGAGCAACAUGUUAAAAACUCUUCUCCAAUUACAACCAGGCCAACAACUACAGAUCCUUCGUUUACUAAACCGACAACUCAGUUUUAUAAAACGACCGAACGGGUUAAGACAACAACGACGCCCCGUGUGACUUCCUAUCGGCCGCAUUUGCACACAACCCUUGGGCAAAAAGCAUCCUCGACUCCAAAGCCAAUUUCCUAUUUUAAUAAUAAUCAACAAAUUCAUCAGAUAUCAAAGAAGCCAACAUCGACUGUAAAGUACAGUGCUCACUACACGACGCCCCCGCCAAAUUACUUCCAUAAAACAUCCCAGACGACGAAGCACUCGAACGUGAAAAAACCAACUAAAAUGCCGCCCAUCACAACCACUCAUUUUUCGGUCACCAAAGAAACAGAAGAUAUGAUCAGACUUCCUGAAAAAACGAGGCCAAGUGGAAUUCCGACGAUAAUACAUUAUUUGCCUAUUCAGAGCGUCGGUCCUUCCGAUGCGCCUGCACCUAAUACUACAACGUAUCGACCGGCACAGCAUACGCUCAAAACGAAUACUAGUCAAACUCCAGUAUUAGAAACGACAACAACAACGAGUACAAAACCGAGCACAACAGCUCUAAAUAAAAUUAAGGUUUCAGUCACGCCAACUACCCACGAGCCGACUACUUUGAAACAUUCAACGCCAGCAGUCAGGCCUGUCGUAACACCGACUACUACAACAACGGCUGCAUCUACACAAAAGAUUUUAUCAACGACGAGAAAACCGAUCUCAACGACGAUAGCUACAACAACCACUCAGAAGCCGACAAUAACGACGGUGGCAUAUAAAACUACUUUGAAAAAUUCGACUACACCUUCAUCGCUGAAUGCAUUCACAAAAGUUCAUCUUUCCACUCCAAAGCCUACCGAAUCCAAUUUGAUUCCCAAACCGGAAAAAUUUGUCCAAAAGAUCCCACAAGCGAACCUCCAAGCAGAGAGUAGUAAUGUCGAAUCGGUGAAUGUACAAAUCCCUACAACGUACCGACCUUCUCAUAACAAAUUCAAUUCCACAAUUAGACCCUUAAGUCAGAGUACUGGCCACAAGAGCACAGUCAGAUCGACAACCCCCGUUCCAAUCGUCCAAUUUAAAAAUACAGAAACACCAGUGAGCACUCACAAGCCUGUAGUUGUAACAAUGAGGAAUACACAGACACCUACGACCAUGCCUAUGAUAUCUACAUGGUCACAAGUGUCCUUAUCGACAACUGAGCAUCCUAAAAAGUCCGAUACAACCCAGUCAAGCAUUAAAUUUACAACACCGAGUAUGAAACCGUCAACGACCUCUCGUUUGACAACUACGACUAGUACGACCACAACGACACCUACAACUACAACAACUAAACCGACAACAACAAAAGCGACAACGACUAAACCGACAACAACCCAAGCGACAACGACUAAACCGACAACAACUAAACCUGCAACAACAAAAGCGACAACUAAGCCGACAACAACUAAACCGACAACAACGAAACCAACUACAACGAAACCUACAACAAUGAAAUUGACCACAGUGACGGAACCUCCAUUUCAUACGACAGAAAGUAUGACUACAACCCAAGAGACGACAUUGCCUCAAGAGAUGACAACAAAAAGAAUGCCGGUGGAAGAAAUUCCUUUAAAAAUUUAUGAAAGUCUUAAAGAUCACGAGGCAAAUGUUUUCGACUUAACAUCUUUGUCAGAUAUGACGACGGUCAAAAUGUCAACAACACCAGUACCUGAAUCAACAAAUGCUGAUUUUACCACGGCUGAGAGUACUACGUUCGAUACAAAAACUACAUUGGAUACGCAAACAACUAUGACAGAAAAAGAGCUUCAAGCGUCAGAGAGUCAAAUUUUGAACCAGACACAACUUAGGACUAAUGUUCAAAUUACCACUACGACACAGGACUCAAGUACUUUCCCAUCAACGACUUAUAUGACUACAAUACAGCAAAAUACAGAAACUACAACACCCACGGCCACGACUCUUUACAAAGAUCAGGUUUUAGAAGACGGCAUUUCAGCGGUGACCAAUAUCCUUCUGGACGGGAUACAAAACUCAUUUUUAAGAGAGAAUUCAUCCUUCGUCCCAAUAGGUUCCAGCACGGAGGAAAUUUUGUCUACUACAGAAUUUCAAACCACGCCAGAAGAACCUUCGACAACGAAUGAAAAACUAGAAACAAGGACAGUCGAAGAUCAUUCUGAGGUGGAAGAACUGACAACGGAAAAAUUAAAAACCACCACGUUAACGACUACGAGAAAAACGACUAAAAUGACGACCACUGAGAAAGCAAUGUUUGCCACCACCGCUAAAUCAGGUCUAGCGGCCAAGUUCAAAACAGAUCUGAAGAAAGAAACCAAACCGACCAAACCGAUCACCCCGACAAAAGAAAGUAAACUCAAUCCGGACACACCAGAAGAAAUCGAACGGAAGAAGAAUCAAAAGGUAAAAGAAGAAAAUUCUGCGACUACCACAGCUGCGACAACUCCCACCGCCAAGACUGAAAUGCUUCAGGAAAAGGUCAAACUGCAGGAAGUCGAAAGGCCCAACAGAUUUGCUGUAAAGAAGCCUGUCUAUCAGGCGUUAGAUGCCCUGCAGCCGCCUGCGGCAAUCGACCUCCACCCGGCGCCAUAUGAAUCUAUGGGGCUUGAAGCCUCAACGGCAUUCCUUGGAGAGGACAUCCGACGGUUUGCGGAUCUGUGCAACGAGCUGGGUUUUCGGUUGUGGACCUCAAUGACCGGAAAGGGCCAAAUCGCAUCCAGGAGCAUCGUCAUGUCCCCUUUUGCAGCCACAUCACUCCUUGCAAUGGUCUUCCUUGGCGCACGUGGUGCCACCUCCGGCCAGAUGAACGACAUCCUGCGACUCGACGACAUGGUCACGUUCAACCCACAUCAAGUAUUUCAAAAUGUAACCGAUUCCGUCAUUAACUCUAAAAACUAUGGUGUCGCUACGGCCGCUUUCGUCAGACAGCUAUACAGCGAUAAGGCAAAAGGGAAAAUUUUGGAUUUCUACAAAGAGAGGGUCCAACAGUAUUAUCAAGGGCACGUGGAAGAAAUCAACUUCAAUGGUGUCGGCGACAUUGUGAGAAGACGUACAAACCUUCUUGUAAAGAGACAGACUCUCGGAAAGGUGCCGGAAUACCUUCGCGGGUCUAGCUUGACUAUGAGACCUCCUCUCGCUGCAUUCAGCGCUAACAUCUUUCAGACGGAUUGUGAACUUGGAUCGACAGAAGGCAGGGACGGUGAAAUGUACUUCGUGGUCCGUCCUUCGACGAGACAGAGGCGGUUGGUUCCCGUCCCAGCAGUAGUCUGGCGUACCGGUUUCCUCGCAGGUUACGAACCGAGUCUGGACGCUACUUCAGUAUGCUUGGGUGCCGAAUCGAUCGUAUCGACAAUCCUCGUCCUACCAGGUCAGCAGGGACAAGUGGCCCCUGGCGAUGGUCUCGCCCGACUCGAACAGAGGCUUAUAGAGACUUCGUACAGAAGGGGUGGUUGGUCCAGGCUGCUCAGGAGCCUCCUGCCGAGGCCGGGAAUGGAGUUGCAAAUCCCUAGAUUUUCCCACAGGAGCGUGCUCAACGUGACCGCCGCACUUGUCAGGAUGGGGCUGAAAGAUCUGUUCGAAAACAAAGCGGACUUACGCGGUUUGAACGGCCUAUCCAACGACCUCCACCUCUCCGACAUGGUACAAAUCAACACGUUCAGCACUUGCGGCGAAGAGACCAUAGGAGCGAGGCAUCACGUCGAGACCUAUCCGGCUUCUCCGCAGCGAAUGGGGAGAGAAGAACCCGAGUACUACCCUCCCAGAGACUUCGACAACUUUUAUAGCGAUAUCCCGUUACCUCUCAGGCCGAGACAAGCGAGGCUACCAGACGCCCCGAGGCUCAGGUUCGACCGGCCCUUCUUGUACAUGGUCAGGCAUAACCCGUCAGGGAUGAUACUACAUAUGGGGAGGUUCAAUCCCCGGCUCCUCCCUUGAAAUAGAAUCUAAGAUUUUGUGAUACUUCCCAUCAGUUUUAGUCUCUUAAUAUUUAAUAAUGUAACGUAGAUUACAUAAUAGAAAACAAACUGAGCUUUAAUAU